AUGACAGACGAGAAGACCUCCCCACUUGCUACCCUCGAUGUGGAGAAAGAUGUGAAGGCACACAUCGAUCCAAAGCUUCAAAAACAUGCCCUGGAUGCAGACGAGGCUCUGAAAGCCAUUCAGGAACUUCAGGGCGAAGCGAUCGAGCUCGAUGCGGCAACAAAUAAGCGACUGUUGAAGAUCAUUGAUUGGCAUAUGAUGCCGCUUAUGUGUUUUGUAUAUGGGAUGAAUUAUCUGGACAAAACGACCUUGUCCUAUGCAAGUGUCAUGGGUUUGAAACCGGACUUGAACCUGAAAGGCGACGAAUAUCAAUGGCUGGGCAGUUUAUUCUACUUCGGAUACAUAGCAUGGGAGUACCCAACUAACCGAUUACUUCAACGCCUUCCAUUGGGUAAAUACUCCGCGGCUUGUAUCAUCAUUUGGGGGGCCAUUCUGUGUUGUUUCGCUGCCGUCAGUAACUAUCCUGGGGCCAUCGCAAUUCGCUUCUUCCUUGGUGUCUUCGAAGCGUCUGUGACACCAGGAUUUGCGCUUUUGACUUCACAGUGGUAUACCAAAGGUGAACAAGGCAGCCGUGUCAAUAUCUGGUUCAGCUUCAAUGGCUGGGGUCAGAUGCUAGGUGGCUUUGUAGCGUACGGCAUCGCAGUUGGCGCAGAAAGACAUGGAUCCGCCAUCGAGCCAUGGAAGAUAGUUUUCCUCGUCACAGGUCUACUGACCGUUGUACUCGGAGUGUUAUUCCUCUGGGUAGUACCCGACAACCAGUUGAACGCCCGCUGGCUAAAAAAAGAAGAUCGCAUCCUCGCCGUCGCUCGAGUCCGGGAAAAUCAGCAGGGUAUUGGAAACAAGCAUUUCAAGCUCUAUCAGGUCAAGGAAGCGCUCUUGGACCCCAUGACCUGGGCCUUUUUUUCCUACGCACUCAUCGCCGAUAUCCCCAAUGGUGGUAUCUCAAACUUCUUCAAUCAGCUAAUUACCAGUUUCGGUUACACACCUCAACAGAGUCUCCUGUAUGGCACCCCCGGCGGUGCUGUCGAGGUCGUCGCUCUGAUUCUCAAUGGCUACGCGGGCCAGUACACCAACCAGCGACUCCUCUGCAGCGCCGGCGGCUUAAUAACGGCCAUAGUGGGCAUGGUUCUUAUUGUCGCGCUUCCAUUAUCUAAUAACAUCGGACGUCUGAUCGGCUACUACAUGACCCAAGCGAGCCCGACUCCCUUCGUCGCUUUGCUCUCGAUGGUCUCUUCCAACGUCGCCGGUUAUACGAAGAAGACCACGGUCGCCGCGCUGUACUUGAUCGGCUACUGUGCAGGAAAUAUUAUCGGUCCUCAGGUUUUCCGUCCCAAAGAUGCCCCUCGCUAUGUCCCUGCCGAGAUUACGAUCAUUGUCUGCUGGGGUGUUUGCCUACUUCUUAUGGCAUUUAUUUGGUGGUGGUAUAAGAGGCAGAAUGCUAAGAAGGCACAGAUCAGGGUGAGCGCGGAGUACGUGCGAUUGGAGAACCAAGAAUGGUUGGAUCUAACUGAUUGGGAGAACCACGAGCUUGUUUACUCUUUGUAG